AUGAACACCACGCGCAUUGUCCUGGAGUAUAUGCAGAGCCAGGACAUGCCAAAGCAAAACCAGGACCAGCCGAGGAGGCGAUUGCAGCACGGCAACGACAGUGAUGAGGACAUUGACAUGGACAUAGACUUCUCACAAGGCACAGGCCCCAGCAAUGUGGAAAUCAUGGUGUUACUGGGGCAGGGGCCGGUGACCUUCGAGGAAGUGGCUGUGUAUUUCACCAGGGAAGAGUGGGCUCUUCUGGAUCCCACUCAGAGAGCCCUCUACAGAGACGUCAUGCAGGAGAACUAUGAGACGGUGGUCUUGCUGGGUGUUGGGAUGGUGAGCGAGAACGAAGAGAAACCCCAGCAGGAAGAUGCUGAGCAACGAGUCCACACCAGUGAGAGACCCUACAUAUGCUUUGAGUGUGGGAAAAGCUUCAAUCAGAGCUCUACCCUGAUCACACAUCAGAGAAGCCAUACAAGAGAGACACCAUACAUGUGCUCUGAGUGCGGGAAAUGCUUCAGUUAUAGCUCAGCCCUUACUGCACAUCAGAGAAUCCACACGGGAGAGAGGCCCUACACCUGCUCUGAGUGUGGAAAAAGUUUCAAUCGGAGCUCACACCUUAUCACACAUCAGAGAAUCCACACAGGAGAGACACCCUACACCUGCUCUGAGUCUGGGAAAAGCUUCAGUUAUAGCUCAGCCCUUACCACACAUCAGAGAAUCCACACUGGUGAGAGACCCUACACAUGCUCUGAGUGCGGGAAAAGCUUCAAUCACAGCUCUACCCUAAUCACACAUCAGAGAACCCACACAGGAGAGAUGCCCUACAUGUGCUCUCAGUGUGGGAAAAGCUUUAAUCAGAGUUCUGUACUGAUCACACAUAGGAGAAUCCACACAGGUGAGAAACCUUAUGGAUGCUCUGAGUGUGGGAAAUGCUUCAAGCGGAGCUCAUACCUUAUCACACAUAGGAUAAUCCACACAGGUGAGAAACCUUACAGAUGCUUUGAGUGUGGGAAAUGCUUCAAUAAGCGCUCAAACCAUAUCACACAUCAGUGA